CAAUGUCAUGAGCCUUCCAUGUGUGGCACGCGAGCAGUCGCGUCUGGCGCAGCGUCCGCUCGUCCUCGAAACAGGUAACGUAGGCAUCACAUGUAUCCCAGUCUCUCCACCCAAAAGCAUCUUCCCUCUCCCAUGGCGAGUAGAAUUCUACGUCCUCUCCUUUCCGCGCCGCAGCCUUGUCGUCUCCUCAUCACCCAAUCCACUCCCUUCCUCAAACCACUAAGGUCUCUCCUCGCAAACUCUAUCCGCACACUGCCCCCCACAAGGGCCAUGUCCAACGACCAAGCCCACGCCGACAAGAAGGCCGAGGAUGUGCACGAAAAGGAGCGAUGGAAGUACAACGCGCCCUACCGCAUCCACGAGUCCAACGAGCACUUCGAAGCAAAGCACACGGGCCAAUGCCACUGCGGGAAAGUGAAGUUCGAGCUCAGCCGCGAGAAGCCAUUGGCGAGUAAGCUGUGCCAUUGCACGACGUGUCAAAGCCAGCACGCCGCUCCCUUCCAAUGGGCCGCCAUCUUCCACAAGGAGGACAUCAACUUCAACCACGGCCACCACGAUCUCGAAUGGUACGAUCCGACCAGCAAGUCCAUUGCGCACCAGCUGCCCUGCAAAGUGCGCUGCUCCUACUGCCACAGCCCCAUCAUGGACGAGGGCCGGAACAUGAUUCUCCUCUUCCCCAGUCUGCUGGAUUUGAAGACUCAAAAGGCCAAGGACGACUUCAAACCCACGUGUCACAUGUUCUAUCCCGAGCGGGUGGUCGACGUGCCGGACGGACUGCCCAAGUGGACGGGCAUCAACCAGCAGAGUGAAUUAUGCGAGGACACGGACGCGGAGACGGUGCGGGAGUACAAUCGGAAGAGGCAAAAGACCAACGACGAGGAGACGGGGACGAACAUUCCCAAAGACGAUGAGUGAGGGUUGUUGAGCAGAACCGGGAC